CUAGAGCAGGAGGAGCGGUCCUUCCCACGUGAGAAGAAGCCCGAGUAACAUGCUGUAACCAUGCAAUGGUCUAUGAGAAGGGCCUUGGCAGGCAGGAGGAGGAAGAGCCGCAGCCUAGUCAGCCCGUCCUGGAAAAAGGACAAACCGCCGCAGGGGAAGAAGCGACGCCGGCCAGGAUCGCCUACGCCUUCUCCGGAGCGCGCCUGCCCCUCCGCCGACUCCUUUCUCUGCUUUUCCCCCCAUGGCUCCUCCGUCUUUCCAGCUAAGGGGGCCGAGGAGAAAGGAGCCCCCCAAGUGAAGGGCCUCGCCGUCCGGGCUGUCUUUCGAUGCCCGGCUCCCCAACGGCCCCCCCCCCGCAUCCGUCUCUCUCUCUCUCUGGCCGGAGGCGAUGAGCGCUGACUUGGACCGUCUGUCGGUUGGUUCGCGCGCCUCCAGCGCUUCUUCCUCGCCUUCCUUUGACGGAGCGGGCAAAGGGGCUGCGGGACAGGCCGGGUUCAGCAGCGGGGGCGCCGGAUCCGGUAUCCGGCUGCUGUCGGCCAACGUGCGGAAGCUCCACGGGGCCCUCAACCUGCUGCUGAGCGAAGGCGAGCGGGAGCAGUUCACCCAUUGCCUUAACGUAUAUCACUGCCGGCGGAAUGUCUACGACUUGGUGCAGACGCUCAAAGUCUUGCUGGACGGCCCGGAGAAGAAGCAGCUGCUGCCCAUGUUGCGCCUGGUCAUCCCUCGCUCGGAUCAGCUCCUCUUCGACCAGUACACCUCGGAGGGGCUUUACUUAAAGGCGGACUUCUUGCCCACCGCCGGGGCAGGAUACGAUGGGGCCGGGUCUACCAGAGUCCUCCCUCCGCCCGGCGCUGCUGCUCCCUCCGGCCGCUUUCCCUCUCCUACCCCGGCUGCUCGUUUCUGGCCUCCUUCCUUAGCCUCCUCCGGCAAACCCCGGCAAGAAUUCAGCACCACCGCGGACGGGACAGCUCCAGGAGAGGCUGCGGUUGGCUCGGAGGACCUGCGAGAAGAGGUCAGGCUGGUGAAUCUCAAGAGGCAGAAAGCUCAAGAAGGGUUGGGUUUCAGCAUCCGAGGGGGUUCCGAGCAUGGCGUGGGCAUCUACGUCUCCUUGGUGGAGCCGGGCUCCUUGGCGGAUAAAGAGGGCCUUCGGGUGGGAGACCGGAUCCUGAAGGUCAACGACAAGCCACUGGACAAAGUGACCCAUGCUGAAGCUGUCAAGGUGCUCAAGGGCUCCAAGAAGCUGAACCUGACUGUCCAUUCGGUGGGUCGCAUUCCCGGCGGCUACAGAACCAACCACAUCUACACCUGGGUGGAUCCCCAAGGCCGGAGUGUCUCCCCACCGGUUGGCUUGGUCCAGCAUCACAGCAGCUCUUUGUGCAAGGAGAGCGAGAAAAGGAGCCACCUUCAACUUCUGCAGGAAGGGGAUGAGAAAAAGGUUAACCUUGUGUUGGAUGAAGGGCGAUCUCUGGGUCUCAUGAUUCGAGGGGGGUCUGAAUACGCCCUCGGGAUUUACAUCACGGGUGUCGACAAGGAUUCGGAAGCAGAAAACACUGGCUUGAAAGUUGGAGACCAGAUUCUGGAGGUCAAUGGACGAAGCUUCCUCAGCAUUUCCCACGACGAGGCCGUGAACCUCCUGAAGUCCUCCCGCCAUCUCAUCAUGACCGUCAAAGACGUGGGGAGGCUACCUCACGCCCGGGCCACUGUGGAUGAGACCAAGUGGAUCACCAGCUCUCAAAUUGGAGAGACGAUGGUCCACUCUGCAGGGGCCCCUGAUGAUCCCAUGGGGGAGACGACACCAAAGCCAUCUUUUUAUAAAGGUCUUACGGGAUCUCAAGUAACAUUGAGUAGCCUGGUGAACCAAAACCGAGUGAUGCUGGAGGAACACGCACGCCACCUCCUGAAUGAACCCGAGAGGACCACCAUGGCCUACUACCUGGAUGAAUAUAAGGAGAAGAACAUCUCAAUUGACUCCCUCAUCAUGGCUCUCUUUGAACUGCUCAACACCCAUGCCAAGGUGAAAUGUGCCCAGAAGGGCUUCAGAUGCAAAAUAUCACUCCAGCAUUCCAUCCUGAGCAUUCAUCAUCUGUGGCAAGGCAUCCUUCGAUACAGUUUCUCCCUCCUGCCUUUCUGCCAAGCAGCUUCCGCCUUGUGGGACAAACAGGCAGGUCCGUGUGGUGUGGGGGGGAGGGGGAGAAAGGAUAUCGCUCUGCCUGGGGUUUUGCUUAGAUUGCUAUUUUCAUUUUUUUUUAAGCUUCUAACCUAUUUCUUCCUCUAUAUCUUUUCCAUCCAUUGCAUGCUGUGUCCACGUCAACUCAACCCACGUGGCCAGGAGAGGCUUUUGUGGCUGAUUGAUUUGAUGGAGAAUUCUUCCGAUGGCGAUAGGAGUGGAAGCCAAAGCAGGAUCAAUGCCUUACCUGACAUCUCCCUGGACGAUGUCUCCUCUUUCUACGAAGAACUUCCAGCUUUUAGGCCCUCACCUCCAGCUCCUUCCUCUCAACCGUGGGCAGAUCCUUCAGACCAAGCGCACAAACCCGGUUUGGGAUCUAUUGAAUCUUCCCAGUCGGGGCUGUUCUUCUUGGCUCCUCCAAGCCCCAUGCCAUCUUCCAGCUUCUCCGAGAAGGACACCCACAGCCUGGCCUCCAACUCCACCACCGGCUCUUCCAUGGAGGACUCGACCUCCAGCUCCAUCUACGCGUCCAUCUCUCCGCUGACUCGCAUUUCGAGGAAGCCCAUGGAGGCCCGAUUGCUGACGCUCAACCAGCACCCCAUGCUACCUUUCCCUCGGAUCCAGUCACCGGCCCGGUUGAAACAGCCUUCCCCUGAGACGCCUGGCGCGGCCCCAAGCUCCCCUACCCACCCACCUCUUCCCGCCCACCCGGCUGCUUCCCCUCCCGGCGAAAAAGGCGGUUCUGAAGUGGGGAACACCCAGCACUUUAUCAUGGUGGAAGUUCAUCGGCCGAAUAGCGAACCGGAUGUGAAUGAAGUCAAGCCAUUGCCUCAAGUUAGAGCCUCCACGCUCUCCCAGCUCUCAGACAGCGGGCAGACACUGAGCGAAGACAGCGGCGUCGAUCUGGGGGAAGCGGAGCUGAGCACCAGCAGAGAGAGGAGUCAGCGGCUGCAGGGCCUGCCACCCGCACGAAGUCCCCGGGGGGUCCCCAGAGUGGGCAGAGCGGUAGAAGCAGGACCAAAACCGCCAGGACUCCUGGAGCCAACUUCGCAUCUAAUCCGGGUGCCGAAGAGCGCCCCGACCUUGGGCAUCGCCAUCGAAGGGGGUGCAAACACGCGACAGCCCCUGCCCAGGAUUGUCACCAUCCAGAAGGGCGGUUCUGCUCACAACUGCGGCCAGCUGAAGGUGGGCCAAGUGAUCCUGGAGGUCAACAGCAUGGCCCUCCAUGGGAAGGAGCACCGCGAAGCCGCUCGAAUCAUCGCCGAGGCUUUCAAGAUGAAAGAGAAGGAUUACAUCGAUUUCCUCGUCACAGAAUUCAACGUUGCACUUUAGGGGGUCUGGAAGACCCCGAAGCCAAAAGACCAAGAGAUGGGAGGAAAGAACUGGGUUACAAGAUGUCCGAUGUGGCCAGUCACCUGCACGCUGUCAAGGUUCCGACGGAUGCCCUAAAAAAAUCAUGAGCCU